AUGGUUCCACCCCCCACCCCACCCCGGAACGGCAGGGAUUUGCUGCAGCAGCUGUUUACAACAGCAUGCCGCCCCCGCUGCUCCACCAUCCGUAGCAGCACUGAGGAGCACUCCUGCCGGUUCCCUGGUCUCAGACCUGUGAACACGACCUCCGGGGUCAAGGAGCCUGCGGGCAGGAUGCUGGCCAAGGACAACGCGCUGGGCCUCUUCCCAGACUGGGGGGUUGCAGGAGCCCUGGCUCCCUGGACUUCCCUGGAGAGGCCAGGAUUACAAGUCGAAUGUGUGGGGACCAAAUCCCCCAAGAAAGGCUCUGAGCAACAGAUCCAGGAGAAGAAAGAUGCUGGCAGAUAG